AGGACUUGAGCAGAAACUCACUGCCAGCUUCCUCCCUGCGAGAGCGCCGACUGAGUCCCAGGUCCCCAUCUUCCCCCGGGACAUUGAGCACGGUGCCUGGUCUUGAACAGCCAUGACAAUGGAGGUGCUUCCCAAGGCCCUGGAGGUAGACGAGGCGUCCCCGGAGUCCAAGGACCUGCUGCCCAGCCAGACGGCCAGCUCCCUGUGCAUCAGCUCCAGAAGUGAAUCUGUCUGGACCACCACCCCCAGGAGCAACUGGGAAAUCUACCACAAGCCCAUCAUCAUCAUGUCAGUGGGCGCUGCCAUUCUGCUCUUUGGCGUGGCCAUCACCUGUGUGGCCUACAUCUUGGAAGAGAAGCAUAAGGUUGUGCCAGUCCUCAAGAUGAUAGGGCCUGCCUUCCUGUCCUUGGGACUCAUGAUGCUGGUGUGUGGGCUGGUGUGGGUGCCCAUCAUCAAAAAGAAGCAGAAGCAUAGGCAGAAGUCUAACUUCUUCCAAAGCCUCAAGUUCUUCCUCCUGAACCGCUGAGGGCAGGUUGACUGGAAGAUCUGCUGACCAACAUCCAGCCUCCUACCUUCUCUGUGGCUAUCAAAAAGCUGAUCCAGGCAAACCCUCCUCUUGGCCCUGUGGGCAGGACAGAGCUCAGGGCUUUACCCUCACACAACCUAGCAGCGUGGCUGUCUGAGUCUCACCUGGUUUCUCCACCGCUGUUGAUGCUCCCUUGGAUACUCUCAUUACUCUCAUCCCUGGCACAUGCAUUCGGUCACCAUUCAUCCCACACUCUCUGCCAAGGGAAAUGCAUGCUGGGAAAUUCUUUGGGGGUUGACUAUGCUCCCGAGGAGAACUUCAUAUUAUAAUUGUGUGCCUGAUAUUGGAUUCACAUCUGCAUCCUCCUAGAACCAAAAUUGAUCAAGGAGGGAAGGAUGACUUCAUACCCACUGGGUUUGAUAGUUUUGGCUCCCUCCUUGGGUGGGAAAUUGACUUGCAGGACAAUUCUCAUGUAUUACACAUUCCAAAAUCUGUACAGUGAUUAGGGCUGAGGGGGGUAGGGGGGUAGACACUGUCCAGGGCAAAUCAUUCCUCUGGGCAUAACUCUGGAAUGUGGCCAAAUAUAUGGUAUUGACACCAGAGGCAAUCGACAGGUACCACAGCUUCCCCUUGACGCUCCAGUGCCCUUCCCUCAGACUGCCUUCACCUUGGCAAUUAGCCAAGAACAAAUACUCAUUGCUCUAACUCCAUUCCCCCACCCCAUCUCUGUACCUCCAGAGAAGAAGGAAGGGAGGUCACAGAUGGGACUAAAAGGACAUCUCUCCUUCCUCCCAAUCAAGACCUAACCUGAGAUAGGUUAGGUCUUGAUUAUCUGAAUGCUCCAUGGGUUUGUAGACAUAGGUUCACUGAAGAAGAUCCCAGCCUCCAUCAUCCCUGCUCCUCCCCACCAAACUAGCCAGUAUUCAUUUUCUCUGGGCCUAGAUUGGGAACAGCCAGACCCAGUCUCUGAUGUCAGCUUGUUUCCAAAAGUAAAAGAGAGAGAAACAUAGCCAAGCCAAUUGGCAAUACCCCGUGCUGAGUUCUUAGGGUGGCCAUGGGGACACAUGGGUCUAACAUAAAUUUACAGGAAGACAGAGAGGUUUCUGAACAGCAUGUUCAUCCCUCCUAAAGACAAAGGGGGAAAUAAGUGUUUGGAAAGGGCAAGGUAUGCAAAGAGGCAGCAACUGCCUUGCAUGUCAAGAAGCUGGAAAAAAGGAGUUAGGAUUCUGCAUUGCCCCCUGAUGCUAUUUCACCUUCUCUUGUCUACUUUCUCCUGCUUCCCCAAGUGCCUUACAUCCAGCUUCUCCUUGGUAUGCUGCAGGUUCCUGGGGGUCUGUAGAGACUGGGAGAGGCAUCUCUAGAGGGCCCAACAAGUAGAUAUAACCCAAGGGGUAAGUGCCUCAAAACUUCUAAUAGACACCAAGAGGCCUUUCGGUGAAAGGCCAGGUGCCCAUAACCAAUUUCCCAAGCAGUGCGAAGCCAGGCCAGAGAACAGAGGAAAGCCCCUGAUAAGAGGGUAAGGGACAAGAGCUGCAUUAGCUCCAGUUGGCUCUUUUUACCCUUCAACCUUUAGGCAUUUGGGAACACCAUGGCAACCUCCCUCCAUCAGGUCUUCAGACGUCUCGGUCCUUCACAGUACUUUCAUAGGCAGUCAGAAUUCAUCCCUGUUCCUGUUGCACUGUGGAAAAUCCCAUGGAAGCAGUAUUGCUUCCUCACCCCCUACACUACACUGACACCCUAAAUAGAGAGUCAGAGUUUGGGGAGCCCCUGGCCUCUCAAAGCUCACUUAAGAUGGUCAUGUCCUUCAUUAAGACUCAUACCAGUGAGCCCUCACCCUCCAGUCCACUCGUCUCCUGCACACAGUCAGGUCAGGACCAGCCCUGGGGGUGUUGAACUGCUUGCUGCCACUAGUGCUACUGUGCCAGUGCUUCCAUGGUAGGGCUUAGGGGCCUGUGAUGAAGCCACUCGCUCCUUGGUGCCUUCCUGAAAGGGAAUACACAGAUGAGCUUACAGCCAGCUCGCUUGGAAUCUGCACCCCAAACCCCUCAUUAUCCCAAGAGCUCAUUGUCUGGGCAGAGCUGUGGAAGGAGGUCAUUGCAGACAGCACCGUCAUGUGUGUCUGAGUGGAAGGGAGUUUGGGGGUAAUCAUGAUGCCCAGAAAUCUUUAAGUUCUAGACAUCUUUGACAGCCACAUCAGUACCUACUCCCAUCUCCUGCCUCUCACAAUAAGUCCUUAGCAAAUGGAAACAAAGAAGAGGCUUUGAGAAAAGAUCCCAAAUACUAGUUACCCAACCCCACCUCCCCUCCCUGCACAGGGCUCCCCACACAAACGAGGCUCAGGAAAUGGGCAGAGUCACCCCCAAAGCAGCACAUCUUGGAGCCUUUUGCCAAAGACAUUGCCUCAUGAAAGCCUGAGGUGGGAGCAGUCACAGAGUGCAGCUGGGUUGGACGCCACCUUUCUGCAACAAAGCAUUCUGGGUAAUGACCUGGUCUUCUUAGAAGACAGGGGCCGCAUCCACAGCACCAUCUCAUCAGACUGUAUGUGUUUCCUGCUCCUCCUGUCGCUCUUCUGUUUUGGAGAAUUUAAUCUAGUCCAGAGCCUAAAGGAAUCAAGUCAUGUUCAAUUGUAUUCUAUUGAACAGUGUCUGCUGUGUUCAUUUUGUUCUACCAGGCAUUCCAAGACUGUUCCCACAAACCCCCAUCCCCUAAAAUGUUUCCCGAAUUGCCACAUUUCCUCUACCAAGAAGGCUGCCCAGGAAAAAGACAGAACGGGUUUCAUGUAUGGCUCCUCAGGUGCCUCUUUGCAACUGGUAGCUCUACUCGAGACCAUGGUGGUACAGAGAGAUCCCACAAGGCCACUAUUGAGACUGAAAGUUUAACCUGAAGAAAUAACAUUCCAGAAUGAAUUUGUGGUCUAGAUGAAGCAGGCAGACACCGGGUCCUGAGGAGAUGCUCCAAACACAAGUAGAAGAUGGUCUUUGGGGGCUUACUUUCAUCUCCCACCCCACAAGCCUAUCUGUGCUCAGUCUGUCUGAGGACAGCAAUUCGUGCCUGAGACUUCCUCGGAGACUGCUGGCCCAUGCAGGAGUUGUCACUCUGUAACCAAGUUCUUUAGGGUCUCCAGCAAGGGAGUUGGUGUCUGGGGGAGCCUGCAGAUAUAGAUGAGAGGACCCCCAGAUGACCCCCAGUUCAGGUUCACUAAAGGGUACCUAAGAAUGAAACUAUCUCUCACUGUCCUGCUGGUUCCUCUGGAAAAGCCACCAAAGUGACUGCCAAAAAGAGGGGAGAGUCAUUGUCAAUGUCCUUUGAUCAAUCACACAUACUAAGUCAGGACUGUCUUCAAUAAAUGACAAAAUGCC